CCCCACGUUCUCAGUGGGCUAAUUAUGCCAGUCUUAAUAACAGCCUUUUGUCACCAAGGCUGCCUGCAAGUCUGCCCCAAAACACAAGGCAGUCGGAGCACCGUCCGCAAAGUCCUCUGGCUUGGGGGAGAGGGGCAGCAGUCCCGAGGAAGGGGGCUGCUGAGGAGGUUUGGGCCCAGGAGAGUGGAAGCACCAUGUUCAUUACGGUGAGACAUGGAGCUGACUGCCAAGAGAUUGUGAACAUGCACUGCCGGGUCCUGAGCCUCACCACGCAUCUGAAGAAGAAAUGCCAGUGCAGGCCAGAAGAUUGCAUUGAUCUUCUAGAUGAAUCAGGGACCCUGAUGAACCUGAGCGAAGUGGAAAGUCCUGCAUCUGAGCUGGCCAGUAAAUAUCUACAGGAGAGACAGUGCUACAUCCUCAUCAGAGUCAUUCGAGGAGAAGGCUCAGAAUCAACCUGCUAUGAAUCUCUACUGGAGAACCUGGGAAAACACCACCCUGAGCUGGCAGAGCGGCUGCAGAAGUUAUCAGCACACCCUCAGCUGAAGGACAACACAAGGAGGAGUUCUAUGCAGAGAAAGUGUCGCCCACUUAAGGAACCACCCCUGGGCUCCCCAGCCAAAGUCAGAAGCACACAGCAGAGUAAGAAAGGCUCUGCUCUCUCCAGCAGGCCCACCUAGGUAGGGUAUCAUCCCUUGUGGGAAACAAGCCUCCAGCAGUUUGGAAGCAUCUUCCAGAGACCCUACACAGGGUCAAAGACAGCCAGCCAGGUGUAGUCAAACUGUAGGGCAGGAUGCAAAAGGCCACUGCUUUAUAAGCAGCACACUGCAUCCUCCCCACAGCCAGACAGCCAUAAUCAGAGACCCCCUGGAACCUUUUUAAAUGGAAGGCUAGCUAGGCUCAUGCCACCCUCUGAAAAAGAGUUUAGAGCUGGCAGGGGUAACAGACUAUAGUAGUACAGACUUACGUUUGGUACUAGCAACUGACACACACAGAGCAGGUCUCUUCUGCAAGAAGGUGCCCCAUCUAUAGUCAGUCACAACCCAACACACAUUAGUUAGUUCCCAAUGAAGUGUACAAUGGGAACACCUUCUAACAACCCCUACUAGAACUAGGGGAACUUUGUGAUCCGUCAGUGUUCUCAAGCCUACUUGCUGCAAGCCCUUUCUCCUGCACUGUAAAUUCAUCUCCCCUCCUCGAGCUAAGGGCAACUGAUACAUUUAUUUAAAAACAAAAAACUAUUGACAUUAGUGAGAGAUAAAUGUGUAUUACUUUAUUCCUGUUCCCACCACCCUAAGUAUAGGAGAGCAAAGUGGAUUGUAUUCUGUCUGCUUUAUCAAAAGCAUUAUUUACAUUCCAAUGAGAGGCUCUUUAUGCCUGAUCAUGCAUAAUCCAGAAAAAA